GUUUGUAUUUUUUUUCAUAACGAAUUCUUUAGAAGGAAGAAUGGCUAGGAAACAUUGAUCAUUAACCUUCUAACAGAAAGACGAUUUUAAGAAAAAUAAAAUGCAAGAUCAAGUUAUCUACGCGUACGUGUGUGGACCCAAAUAUGUGAGCGCCUGUGAGUAUGGACGCAAGUGUGUGUGUGCGUGUGUAUGUGCGUGAUUCAUAGUUAGGAGACUGGUUUUCCCGGGAAUUCUAACUGGGAAAAGAGUGGUCGGGGUCAUUCUCCUCUCGAGGUGCCUAUCGACGUAAAAAAAAAGAAGUCGAAAAAGUAACCACCGCUUGCAACAUCCUUACUAGCCUCGCCCUCCGCCUUUCCCGAGACAACAAAUACAAAAGAGCAGAGUUUCUGACCCUUUUUGGAAUCCCCGAAUCGUUAAAUAAACAUUCGGAACCCUUUUUUUAAAUUCGGUCUCGAAAAUGGCAAAAGGGAAUUCUAUGGGCGAGAUGAGGAGGGCCGACCAAGAGCUAUAUAAGGUCGGGUGGAGAGGUCGUAUUCAACCAGACGACAACGCUUCUUUGCCGACGAAACUCAACCAACAUGGCGUCCGUGCGAUCGACCGCUGCCCUCCUCGUCUUCCUUGCCCUCGUCUGCGUCUGCGUCGCGCAGCCAACGUUCCUCCUGAAGAAGCCCUCCUAUGGCUUCGGCUUCGGCUACGGCGGCGGCUACGGCGGCGGCUACGGCGGCGGCUACGGGUCCUACCCUUCCCACGGCUCCUACGGCUACGGAUCCUACGGCUAUAAGCCCUACGGACAAAGCUACGGAUACGUAUACAAGCAGCCUUCUUAUCAGUACUGGUAAAUCUUUCUCUUAUGCAGAGGGAUAAAGUUUUAGUACAAAAAAAAAAAAGCUAUUCCUGAACGAUGUUAUUUGCGACCGUCUUUGUUUUGUGACUUCUGUGUUUGUAAUAAUAACUUUGUGACAUUUGUAGGAAACGGCCGAUGAUAUUAUUUAUACUGUACGCCAUUUCAAUGUCAGAGAGCUAUUCCUGUUUCGAAACUGAGAUGUAAAUCCGAAUAUUUAUUUACCAAAUUUAUUUAUCAACAUGUCAACAUCUCUUUUACAAUAAAGCCUUGUAAUAAA